UUGAUUCGCGCCCCGCAAUCCAUCAUUGUUGUCCUUGUUGUCGUGUCAAAAGUUUUGAUUUUUUGGAUUCUUAAAUACAUCGAAUCGAGUGCAUUCAUUAUUCUCUACAUUUUUACAGUGCAACAAGCAAGUCCUUCAAGAUGCAGUCCGGAAUAACAGGUAUAUCAGCAACACAAUGUCUACUCAACAGAGGAACUAACAAGCUUCACAAACAGCCUCCCAAGAACUUCACGCGGCAUUCAAAACGUUCGUUUCUACAGAAUCACAAAGAGGUCUUCUCUGUACAAUUACUGGCGAAACUCUCACUCCGGCCGCUAUUCUUGAGCCCUCCACUUCAUCCUUCGACAAUGAUCUCAAGCUCCUAGAACCUCAUCUACAAGACAAAGCCGCCCUAUACAUAAUACUCCGUCGUUAUCCAUCUACAGAUCCAGCUCCUUUCGUUGUCAUAACCUAUGUUCCUGAUUCGGCGCCGGUGCGUCAAAAGAUGCUAUUCGCAUCUACACGCCUUACCUUGGUUCGAGAACUCGGAAUCGAACGAUUUCGAGAAACCAUAUUUGCGACUAUGAAGGAAGAGUUGACGCAAGAGGGUUUUGCUAAGCACGAUAAGCAUGUUAAAUUAGCAGCGCCGCUGACAGAAGAGGAGCAAAGUUUGGGCGAGGUGAAGAGGAAGGAAGCAGAAGAGGGUAGAGGUAUGAAUGAGCGGAAGAGCCAUGUCACUAGUGGCAUUAGUAUGCCAGCUUCGCCAGACGCAUUAGAGGCAUUAAAAGGACUCGGCCAAGAUGGGGCGCAUAAUCUAGUUCAGCUCGUAAGUUUAUUUGUUACCUGAAUUUAUUAGUAUUUAAUGGCUAACAAACUUUAGAAAAUGAACAUCGCGCAAGAAACCAUGGAACUUGCUUCCAAGACACAAACGUCUAUCUCAGAUCUCAGCAGCACUAUAUCUAACACCGAACCUCGAUUCUCUUUCUAUCGCUACACUCACGAACACAAUGGAACAACCUCUUCUCCAAUACUGUUUAUUUAUACUUGCCCUUCCGGAUCGAAGAUAAAAGAGAGAAUGAUAUAUGCAUCAUCAUCUCGAUCGGCUCAACAACUAGCUGAAGCAGAGGCGGGACUCACCAUUGAGAAAAGACUUGAGGCUGGAUCUCCUGAGGAUAUUUCUCAAGAAAGUAUCGAUUCGGAUUUACAUCCAAAAACAGAGGCAAAGAAAGUAUUCGCUAGACCUAAGAGACCUGGAAGAGCAUAAAUAUCUAGGAUAGACCUUCAAUUCUGACGCAUCGUAAUGGGAUGGAAAUUCGCCUUUGAUUGAAUUUUUAAUGGAUGCUAUGCUGGACUAUGCACUCCCUAUGUUGAGAACGACAUUUAUACUAGAUAAGAGUUCCUAGGAUACCGUAUCAUACAAUGGACAUUAUGUAUCCCCACACGUGGUCUCCAUCUCGUAUUCUA